GAAAAAGACACGGUCAGAAAGCUCGGAACCCAGCCGAACCAGCCCGGCGGUGCUCUUUGAUCCUCCGGACUCCAGUCGGAACCAGCAGGUGUGAGGAGGCGGAGUCUCCUCCAGGUGCUGCAGGAUGAACGGCAGCAGCAGCGCACCAAUCAACACCAGGGUCAAAGGUGGAACAGACGAGUGGAGUAAGGAGGACUGUCUGACCCUGUUGGACCGGAUCAGGACUCUGCUGCCUGACGGGGACACCAUGAAGUAUAAAACCACAGAGUCUCACUUCGACUGGGACAAAGUUGGUUUCGGAGGAUUCAGCGGGGACAUGUGCCGCCAGAAAUGGCAGAAAGUUUCCUCGGAGGUCCGGAAGUACAGAACCAUGACGGAACUCAUCGUAGACGCCAUCGAGUUUGUGAAGAACCCCUACAAAGGCAAGAAACUGAAGACCCACCCAGACUUCCCCAAGAAACCGCUGACUCCGUACUUUCGCUUCUUCAUGGAGAAACGAGCCAAAUAUGCCAAAAUCCACCCGGAGAUGAGCAACCUGGACCUGACCAAGAUCCUGUCCAAGAAGUACAAGGAGCUGCCAGACAAGAAGAAGCAAAAGUACAUCAGUGAGUUCCAGCGGGAGAAGGAGGAGUUCGAGAAGAACAUGGCUCGCUUCAAGGAGGAGCACCCGGAGCUGAUCGAGGAGAGAAAGAAGUCGGACCUGCCAGAAAAACCCAGAACCCCCCAACAGCUGUGGUACAACCACGAGAAGAAGACCUACAUGAAGCUGCACCCAGAGGUGAGUCAGAAGGAGCUGAAGGAGGCCCUGAGGAGACAGUGGUCCCAGCUGUCCGACAAGAGGAGACUGAAGUGGAUCAGCAAGGCCCUGGAACUGCAGAAGGACUAUGAGGACAGUAUGAGAGCGUACCACGAAGCCCACCCAGACGUCAACUCAGACGAUCAUAUCCGCUCAGUCCUCACAAAGGCCGAGAGACAGCUGAAGGACAAGUUUGAUGGACGGCCCACCAAACCUCCACCUAAUGGAUACUCUCUGUACUGCGCGGAGCUGAUGGUCAACAUGAAGGACGUCCCGAGCACAGAGCGCAUGGUGCUCUGCAGCAAACAGUGGAAGAUGCUGACGCAGAAGGAGAAGGACAUGUUCCAGAAGCGCUGCGAGCAGAAAAAGAAGCAGUACGACGUGGACCUGCAGCGCUUCCUGGAGAGUCUUCCUGACGAGGAGAGAGACAGAGUUCUGUCAGAGGAGAAAAUGGGCGGAGCUAAAUUAAAUGUGGGCAUUGCCCCCAGCCCACAUAGAGCCAAGUCUCCAUCGUCAAAGGAGCGUUGUCGGGAGGCGGAGCCAGAGGCAUGGGUACCAGCUGGACAGCCCAAGGACAGACGAGACAGUAUGAAGACGGCAAAGCUUCCAGAGACUCCUAAAACAGCCGAGGAGAUGUGGCAGCACAGUGUGAUUGGAGACUAUCUGGCUAAAUACAGAAGCGACCGCAGGAAAGCACAGGCGGCCAUGGAGGUGGCCUGGAAAUCCAUGGAGAAGAAAGAGAAGAUUCCCUGGAUAAAGAAAGCAGCAGAGGACCAGAAACGUUACGAGUCCCUGUCGCCUCAGGAUCGAGCCAUCUAUAAGGAGUUCUCGUCCUCGAAACGUCGCAGCACCACGAAGGUCCGCAGCAGCCCUGUCACUAAACUGCGUGUUGCUGCCAAGGGGAAAGCGGUGGGAACCAGAGCAGUGACACCUGGGGUCAGCGUGGGAAAAAAGGCCAUGGCGUAUCGGGCCAAGCAGGACAUGUCCGACUCAGAUGAGGACAAGAGCGAUUCCACUGACUCUGAUGAAGACGAUGAGACAUCAGGAAGCUCAGACAGUGAGGAUGAAGAUGAGAAUGACGAUGAGGAUGAAGAUCAGACGUCCUCUGAGGAUUCCAGCGAGUUGGACUCAGAUUAGCUCCACCCUCCUGUUGAAGUGGACAGGCUGUGCAGGCCACGCCUCCUCACAUGUCAAACAUAGAGGCAGUGAGGUGCAGAGUGGGCGUGGCCUGAUCAUUUUGUUACCUGACUUGUUUUUGUUGUUUUUCAUAAGUUUGUUUUUACCUGACAGAGGCUUCAGUGGUCUUUUUUCCCAGUCCAAGUUCUGAGGGCGGGGCUUGUACAGUUUGACAGUCAGUGGGCGGAGCCAGUUGGUUUGUUACCUCUGAGGGAGGAGUCAGUGUUGGACCUCCGCAGAGACAAAAUAAAUGCACUUUUUCACA